AUGCCCUUUAGUGUGACGAAAUUAAUUAGUAAAAUCGAUAGUUUAAUUGAAAGCGACGAUAGAGAGACAGAAACUCAUCUAGAAAUACUGGAUCAGUUGAGUCGAAAGGAAGAGUCAUUGAGAACCUUAAACGGGGAGAUUGAGGGUUUCAUUACUAGCCCAACUGAUUAUGACACUGAGAUAGUCAAUAGUGAAGAAUAUGAGGACAAAAUUAUAAGUUGUAAAUUUAAGAUCCAGUCUCGUAUUAAACGAUUAGAAGCAGAUUCGUCCGUGGUCACGGUGACUCAGGGCCCCGUAGUUCGAAAUAAUUCCGCUAAUAUUAAGUUGCCGGAGAUUCCUCUACCGAAAUUCUCUGGAAAAUAUGAAGAAUGGAGUAACUUUAAAAUGCAAUUUGAUAAUAUCAUUUCGUCAAACGAGCAACUGUCGGCAGAACAAAAACUACAUUAUUUGAAGGCUGCUCUCGUAGGGGAAGCUAAGAGUUUAGAAACGUUAAACGAUUCGUUUGCUUCAUUGUUUCAAGCGCUACAAGAAAGGUACGAAAAUAAGAAAUUAAUAGUAGAAACCCAUGUUAAUGCGAUUCUGGACUCUGUAAAAUUACCUUUUGAGUCAGCAAGGGGUUUGAGGAGUUUAAUUGAUAGAAUCAAUAGGAAUAUGCGAGCACUAAAAGUCCUAGGAUAUGAAAGGAAUGAGCUUUGUGAUAUCUUAAUUUUAAACAUCGUACUUCACAAGCUGGAUAAGGAAACUCUAAAACGGUAUGAGUUCAGUAUAGAAUCGCUUCUUUAA